AUGGUCUCAAAAACGACAUACGAGCCUCUGCUCGUAACACUGACAUUCACACCCGGAGGCUUCCAAAAGACCAAGAUCCUCUCCAUGGCACCGCAGACCACCCCCUUCACACCACCCAGCGGCCUCUGCUCUCCCGUCGACAUUCGAUGCUUGGUGGUCAAGACGGAAGACCUCACAGGAGACGUAGAAUGCCUACGAGACCAUGUCGUAGCUGAGACUACAGCCAGCCUACCAACCCAAUGUUUCCCCGAGAGCUACGCCGCAAUCUGGCGGCCGUCUGGGACCGUUUUCAGCGACGUCGCAAGCGUAGCCUACCCAGGCACAGCCUGCAUCUCCGGCUGGACAACAGCAUGCGAAACAACCAUCACCCUCGAGAGCGCGCAGACGUACACCCAGACAUGGUGCUGCCCGAGCUCGUACACCUGCCUCGUACCCACACCAGGCGGGACGCCCUAUCGAGACUGCGUCAGUCUCCUCAGCACGAACACGGAGAUCUGGAUCAACAACAUCGAGACGAGCGGCGGGAGGGAGUCGACGCUCUGGAACUCGUGGAGGAAAAUCUCCCUCACCGGUCUCCCGAGUGCCGCUGCGGGGGGGCCGCUCUCGGUGAAGCACCCCGUCUUUCCGCUCUACGGCCGGGUUCCCUCUUCUCAGGCUUCCGGUGUUGUCGGGGGCGAGGGGAGUCUUUCGACUGGGGCUGUUGCGGGGAUUGCGGUUGGGGCGGUGGCGUUGGUUCUUUUGCUUGUUGGUGCUGGGCUGUUUGUUUGCCUUCGGAAGAGGAAGCAAAAGAGAGCCGCGGCUGCCAUCGCUGCUGAGAAUGAGGGCACUUCCGGUCAUGAAGGUCACGCGCAUAAAGGUUUCGGGUACGAUGCGAAGCAAGAGUUACCCGGUCAUGGGACAGAGAUGAGGGAAGUAGAUGCUGCUACGCCGCCUCCGGUUGAGCUUUCGGCAUAUACGAGGGCUGCGGAGAUACCUUGGCUUGUUCGUAAUGUAGCGUGUAAGCUUGUGGGUCUCAACUCCAUGGUUGUAAGUACUCAAUGCCAGUUCGGCGCAGGCAUCGUCGGCUCAGCCCUAGCACACUUCCUCUCAUCAUCCCCAUCACCCACCACCCCGCGAACAAUCACCCUCAUCGACCGCUCCUUCGGUCCCCUCCUCGGCUCAACAGGCCACGCACCCGGCUUCGUCGGCCAAUUCAACGACUCCAAAGUCCUCACCAAGUUAGCCAUCGACUCUGUAUCAGAAUACACCAAAAUUCCCGGCGGAUUCGACACCGUCGGCGGCCUGGAAAUCGCCUUCCAGCCCGCGGGGUGCGAGCGUCUCAAGGCCAGAUGCGCAGCUGCCGCGCAGCUCGGCUUGCCUGCUGAGAUGUUGAGCCUGAGUGAGGCACAUACACUCGCGCCGGAGCUCGUCAGAGACAACUCUUCGGACUCGGCCCCGGGGACGGCGGUGUUCUUCCCCACCGACGGGACCGCCGACGCAUGCGCAAUCACCUCCUUCUACCAAGCCUCAGCAAAAAAGUCAGGCGUCCAUUUCCUACAAAGCUCCGUCAAGAAGCUGUCGCUCACAUCAGACGGCCGAAUCAAGGGCGUCCAGGUAGUCGACAGCGGCUCCAGAACGCACCUCGACGCCGACAAGGUCAUCUUCACAACAGGAAUCUGGGCCCUCGACCUCUGCCGCGACCUCCCCUGCCCCGUCCCCGUCAUCCCCGUCGGACACCCCUACAUGCACGCCCGCACCCGAACCCCCUUGUCCCCACGAGAAAAACCCCUGCCCUUUGUGCGCUGGCCGGAACACCACGUCUACGCCAGAGACCACGGCGCCCGCUACGGCAUCGGAAGCUACGACCACCCGCCCGUGGGCUGCGCGCCGAACCAAGAAGACGGGACGGCCAUCGGUGUGUGGAUCCCCGACUUCCGGCAGACGCUGGAAUCUGCGAGGGGGAUGUUGCCCCCUGAGACGGCGGCGGAGUUUGAGGAGGAUGGGAGCGAGAAGAAGAAGAAGAAGAAGAGGAGCAGGAGCUUUAAUGGGAUUUUCUCCAUGACGCCUGAUAAUAUGCCGCUUGCUGGCGCGGUGAGGUCGGUGCCUGGGUUGCAUAUGGCUGUUGCGGUGUGGGUUACGCACGCGGCUGGGACGGCCAAGUUUUUGACGGGGGUUAUUGGGGGGGAGGAGGUAGAUCGGGAGACGUUGGAGGCUUUGGAGCCGGAGAGGUUUGCUGGAAGGGAUUUUGCGACGUUGGAGGAGGAGUCGCUUUGUGGGUAUAAUUCUAUCUACAAGACUGUGGCCAAAUAG